AUGUCACACUUGAAACCGUCAGACAUUUGUUUCAUGGAGAAUGUUAUUGCCACGUUAAAGUCGGUGUUGGUGAGAGGGGCUGCGGCUUCAGCUUUCUCCAUUUCUAGAGGUGGCCUCUUUGCAGCUGCGAUCUGGUUGAUGGGAUCGUCUUCGUUCCUUGCGUUGACGGGGUUGCGGUUGUUCGUAGUUCAGUCGGUUGGUGGUGGUGUUAAGCUCAUUUCUGAACUUUGGUUGACUUUAUCAAAGAUUUAUUCUCAAUUCCAACAGAGGCGCCAACUGUUAAAUUGA